AUGGCCUCAAUCCCUCUCCUCCGUCUCUCUCUCCGUCCACAACCCCUACCCUCAAAACCCUCCACUAAUGUCACAGCUUCGUUACCUCAUCCCCUUAGAUCAACGGUUAAGAUCCCAUCUCUACCUAAACCAGUUCACCGCUUCAGGGCUACACAACCCAUAUCAGCCUCCAGCACCACAGUCCCAGCCACCGACCGUUUAAUCUCAGCCGUUGCUUACUUUCUUCCUUUUUUCAACGGUCUCCAAUACGGCCGCUUCCUCUUCGCCCAAUACCCAUCUCUCGCCGUCCCUUUACAGCCUAUUAUGCCUAUUUUCUCUCUCUACCGCUCCAUCCCGUACGCCAGCUUCGUCUCCUUCUUCGCUCUCUACCUCGGCGUCGUCCGUAACCCUAUUUUCAGCCGCUACGUCCGUUUCAACGCCCUCCAGGCUGUGGUGCUGGAUGUGCUCCUUGUGGUGCCAUUACUUAUACAGAGGAUCUUCAAUCCGGGUCGUGGUGGGCUUGGGUUCAAGCUAAUGGUGAUGGGUCACAAUGCAUUGUUUGUGUUUGUUGUGUUGUGUUUUGUCUACAGUUUGGUGUGCACCAUUCUGGGGAAGACUCCCUACUUGCCCUUUGUGGCUGAGGCAGCUGGUAGGCAAUUGUAA